CGUAUUACCUAAGUGGCCAACUAGUUUCAUGUACUAACUUCUCAUCACACACGCGUGUAUAUAAACCUCGGCUCAUCUUAAAGAAGAAAGUAAAAAAAAAAUAUAGGCUCAUAAUAUGUAUCCCUGUAGAUAUUUUCUUCUUUUUUUGGCUAUCCCUUUAUGCUUUUCGGGUCGUUUAGUUCAAUGUAGGCCUUUCGAGCACUUAGAAAAAACGUCAGAUUAUCGUGUAAGUUCCUAUAUAUCGGCAUCACCUUCUCCCUCUCCGGAGAACUAUAAUCCUCCCCAAAUUUCAUCAUUAAUAUCGGUUUUUAACGUCUUGUCUUAUGGUGCAUUGGGUGACGGUUUAAGUGAUGAUACGUUGGCAUUUAAAACAGCUUGGGACUUGGCUUGUCGAGCUAAUGUCCCUGCCGUUUUUCUCGUGCCCGGCCAUUAUACUUUCUUGAUCCAGUCCACAAUUUUCACUGGCCCGUGUGGAAAUGGAUUAGUUUUUCAGAUUGAAGGAAGCUUAAUUCCACCGGACGGGCCCGACUCAUGGUCGAAAAUAUACAAUAAGAGGCAAUGGCUGGUUUUCUAUCGGGUGAAUGGGAUGACAAUGCAAGGAGGUGGGGUCAUUGAUGGAAAAGGAGAAAAAUGGUGGAAUCUGCCCUGCAAACCUCACAGGGGGGUCAAUGGAACAACUGUAUCCGGUCCAUGCGACAGCCCAGUUGCUAUAAGAUUCUAUGGGAGCUCCAAUUUGACAGUACAAGGGCUAAAGAUUAGAAACAGCCCACAGUUCCAUUUCCGGUUCGACUACUGUAACAGUGUCCGUAUCGACUCUUUGUCUAUAAAAUCGCCGGCUACAAGCCCCAACACCGAUGGGAUUCACAUAGAAAACAGCAAUGAUGUGAAGAUAUAUAACUCAAUCGUUGCCAACGGUGAUGACUGUGUGUCCAUUGGAGCAGGUUCCUACAAUGUAGAUAUAAGGAACAUAACUUGUGGUCCUAGCCAUGGAAUAAGCAUCGGCAGCCUAGGCAUGAAGAACUCGAGGGCGUGUGUGUCCAACAUCACAGUCUCGGACUCAGUUAUCACCCAAUCAGACAACGGAGUCCGCAUAAAGACCUGGCAAGGCGGGUUCGGGUCCGUCUCCCGAGUGGCCUUCGCCAACAUCCGAAUGGAUAAGGUGCGAAACCCCAUAAUCAUCGACCAAUACUACUGCGACUCCAAAGGCAAAUGCCCCAACCAGACUUCGGCCGUGUACGUGAGCGGAGUCUCGUACACGAGCAUCAAGGGCACGUACGACCCGCGGGGCCCGCCCGUGCGCUUCACGUGCAGCGACACUGUGCCGUGCACGAACCUCACGCUCCGUGCCGUCGAGCUGUCGCCAGCUGCUGGGAAGGUUGGGAGGUGGGGAGCUCCGUUCUGCUGGAAUGCGUACGGAGAUGACGGGAAAGCCCUCUGCUUGGCCGAAGGGUUGCCGGAGUUGUUGCCGGUGAGUGAUGCCGACAAAUGCUGAUUAUAUAUAUAUGUGUGUGUGUGUGCUUGUAUUAUAGAAAAUCUUGGCAUGUUUGUUCUAGAGCAGCUGCUGGAGUGAUAUAAAAGCUCUGAGUGCUGCCUCUACUGCCAAUUUGUCUUUGCCCAAAUUAAUAUGUUCUGUUUUAGGUUUUCUAUACCAAAAUGCCUUCUCUAGCUAAUUAUAAUCAGUAUUCUAAAAGUCGGGCUCUGCACUGGGACCUAGCGCUUAAAGCGUCUACGCGGCUCUGCCUAGACGAAGUCGAACAAAAAAU